AAGAAUAUUAGCACAAACACAAAAGACCAUCAGAAGUAAAAUGGAGUUUGGUUCAUCGAAUUCUCCUGAAAAACUCAAUUUAGAUGAUGUUCGUCGAUCAGUAAAAUAUCAUCCGAGCAUUUGGGGAGACCAUUUCUUGACAUAUGCAUCUACGGAAAUCUGUGUUGAUGAAGAGAAAGAACUUCAAAGACAAAAAGAACUGGUGAAGAGAGUGCUGGUCCGAGUGCCUCAUCAUUCAUCUCACAAAUUAGAACUAAUUGACUCAAUUCAACGCCUUGGUGUGAGCUAUCAUUUUGAAGAAGAAAUCGGCAAAUCCUUACAGUACAUGCAUGACACUUACUUAGAGUGCUGUAACAAGGACAAUGAUCUUCGUACUGUUGCUCUUCGUUUUCGUUUACUUAGACAACAAGGUUACCGUGUGUCUUGUGACGUGUUCAACAAAUUCAUAGAUGAUCAAGGAAAUUUUAAAGAGUCGAUAAUGGAAGAUGUUGAAGGAAUGUUAGAGUUAUAUGAAGCAGCACAUCUUGGAGUACACGAGGAGGACAUUCUUGACAAAGCACUGCACUUCUCUUCCUCUCAUCUCGAGUCAUUGGCGCCCCACAUGACCAGCUCUCAUUCUGCACUAGUUGACGAAGCCCUCAAGUUCCCAGUUCGCAAGAAUUUGACCAGACUGGGAGCCAGAAAAUUCAUUUCUGCGUAUCAAGAAGAUGAAUCACACAACGAAAUACUAUUGAAUUUUGCGAAAAUGGACUUCAAUAUAGUACAGAAAAUACAUCAGAAGGAGCUAAGUGAUCUAACAAGGUGGUGGAAGGAUUUAGACUUCAAGAACGAAUUACCGUUUGUAAGAGAUAGGAUGGUGGAAUGUUACUUCUGGGCAUUGGGCGUAUAUUUCGAACCGCAGUACCAAGUUGCUAGGAAAAUACUGGCAAAAGUAAUUGUCUUGGCCUCCACAGUUGAUGAUAUUUAUGAUGUUUACGGAACCUUACAUGAACUCAAAAUUUUCACACAUGCCAUCCAAAGGUGGAAUAUUGACGCCUUGGCAGACCAAUACAUGAGAAUUUGUUACAAAGCGCUUUUAGAUGCUUAUAUCGAAAUGGAAGAGCUGGAAGGAAUUGAAAUGCCAGACAAAACAAAAUAUGCAAAACAAGAGAUUCAAAAAAUGAUCGGGGCUUACUUUGAGGAGGCGAAAUGGUUGUACAACACGCAUAUUCCAACCUUGGAAGAAUAUAUGAAAGUCGCAAUUGUGUCCUCCGGUUAUAUAAUGGUGGCGUCGACUUCCUUAAUUGGCAUGGGGAAUUCAGUAACGAAGGAAGAUUUCAAUUGGGUUUCUGGUAAACCGAGAAUAGUUGAGGCGUCCUCAAUAAUUGCUAGACUAAUGGACGAUAUGGCCGGACAUGGGCUUGAAACAAAAAUCUCAGCGGUGGGAUGCUACAUGAACGAAAAUGGUGCAUCGAGAGAGGAGGCGUUCGAGGAAUUUCAGAAACAAGUUUCGAAAGCAUGGAAGGAUAUAAAUGAAGAAUGCCUUCGUCCAACCGCAGUUUCAGAGCCGAUUCUCGUUCGUAUCUUGAACCUAGCUCGUGUCAUACAUCUUCUCUAUCGAGAUGGAGAUGGAUAUACAAAUACAAAUACUAUGAUAAAAAAUCUUAUAAAAUCAGUGCUCAUCCAACCAGUGGCAAUUUAAAGUUUCAUAUAAGAUAAUUAAUAUUAAUGAUCUUGUUUUAUCCAUCCUUUACUUGAAUUUAUGUUGAAAAAUUCCAAGCUUAUGAAAAUAAAUGUACUUCUAGAGUUCGCCGUUCGUAUAUUUAAAUUUGUAUCG